CAUUUCCCUUUCCGAGAUCCAAAAUUUCAAAACCCUCGGUAUACUGUUCCGAGAGAGAGAGAGAGAGACAGAGAGAGAGGAUUCCAUCCGGAUAACCACGAUUUCGGCCUAGGAAUCUCGGAUUCUAUAACCCAUGGCGCUUCCGGACAAAAAUCUAACCCUAAAUACCAAUUCGGACCCCGGAGUCGACCUCGGCGAAGAAGAUCUGGAGAAACUGGAGUCAGAAGUGUUGCAAAUGGCUCAGAAGAUCUCCGAUUACAGGAAAACGUUACCGGAUCAGCUGAGGAACACUUUAUCGUCUGUGCUUUCGUCGCAGCAACCAAUUUUUCCCAACGUCGAGUCUGCGUCGGAUCUUGGACCUUCCCGCCUGACUAUUCCAGAAUUAGAAGAUCCAGCUGAAGAACAACGGUGUUCAGAGAAAUUAAUUGAACUGAAGGAGAGAAUAUCGAGGAACAUCGCCACAAUACCCACUGUCAUAGAGAGAAUGCGAGUGUGUAUAGACAGAAUUGACAAACUCGAUUCUGUGGAUGGGGCUAUACACCCGGCUUUCAGAAGGAGAAGAACUACCUGAUUAGUUUCCAUUUUUCUCUUCGGUAUUCGGCUCAGAGAAGACCUUAGCAGAGUAGCGUUUCUUGAAAGUGUAGAUGUUGAUAUGUAUUUCUUGACGGGCAUUUGUUCAAAGACUUAAAUCUUUGCUCAAGGGUGGGGAACCAUCUUAUUGUACGAGUAUCAUUUAGAGUAACGCAUUGGAGAAACUAGACAGUGGUGUUCUUAUUGUACAGAGAAAACCCGGGUAGAGAAAAUUUGCAUGUGAAUGAAGCGGAUUAUGAAAUUG